AUGCACCGUUGGAACGCCUCCAUCAACGAUUCCCAGUGCACUGCUUUCAAAGAGCGCCGCGUACGUGAUUCAACGUUGAAGGCCAAGUUCAUAGCACCAACGAUCACACAGCAUUCACUGGCCGAUCCCAAUAAUAAUGCGGGACUCAAUCUGCAAGCCCCAAGUAAGAAAAUCUAUACACCUGCUCACCACCUCGGAUUGCUGUCUCAAUCGCAUGGCAAUUGA